UAAUUUUAGACGACACGUGCUCCUCGUGCUUGACAGUUAUCCCAGCAGACCCCUGGCAGCUCUCACAAUAAGCUUGACUUGGCUCAGCGCGUGGCGAUAGGCAUAUCUAUUUUUCAUCUGCGUUCAAGAUAAGCAUAGUGCUAAAGAACUGCGAGUUGUGGACGAUGAUAUCUCCCUCCCAUCAGUUGAACUUGCCAUGGGUUUAGUCAAUAGGAUCGUCCAAAGCCUCGAAGUCACUCAUGAGACCAAUCUCACGAUUACUGAGCAGCUCAUCGCCAACGACGAUUUGCUGCCUGUCGAGCCAGAGAAACGAACGUGGCGUGCAUACAACUACGUUGCCUUCUGGACAGCAGACACGUUUAAUAUAAACAUGUGGAUGAUCGUAUCCUCCAUGAUCCAACUAGGAAUGUCGUGGUGGCAAGCCUGGAUAUGCGUGUGGCUGGGUUAUGGCAUUGCUGCGCCUUUCCUUAUCCUGAAUGCGCGUCCUGGUGCUAUUUUCCAUGUGAUGUUCCCGAUCGUGAAUCGCACGAGCUUCGGGAUGUUUGGUAGUCUGUGGUGUGUAUUUAAUCGCGCUGCUAUGGCAUGCAUAUGGUAUGGCGUUCAGGCAAGCAUCGGUGGUUCCUGUGUGCUCGUAAUGCUCAGAGCAAUGUGGCCUAGCAUCAAUGACUUGCCAAAUUCAAUGCCCGCGUCCUCUGGAACGAACACUCGAGAUUACCUGUGCUUCUUCCUCUUCUGGCUCAUUUCCCUGCCAAUUAUCUGGUUCCCUGUGCACAAAGUCCGCCAUUUCUUCCUUGUGACGCCCAUCCUGAUGCCCAUAGCCUCGAUGACGUUUCUCAUAUGGUGCAUCGUGAAAGCUCACGGAAUCGGUCCGAUCGUGCACCAACCUUCGACACUGCACGGAUCAAAGCUGGGCUGGGCCAUGGUGGCUAGUCUUAUGUCAUGCAUCAGUAACGAGGUAACAUUGAUCACAAACGCACCGGACUUCGCCUCCCGCGCUCGCACCCCAUCGGCUGCGCUAUUCCCACAGCUGUUUGCGAUUCCUCUUACUGCAUCUUUUGUGAGUUUGAUUGGAAUCCUUGUGAGUUCGUCAUCGCAGGCAAUUUACGGGACGGCCAUCUGGUCCCCCAUCGAACUUCUGGGAAAUUUCUUGAAUGAUAAUCCAUCGAAAGCCACGAGAUUCGGGGUGUGGUUUAUCUCGACGUCAUUCAUGAUGGCACAGAUGGGCACAAACAUCUGCGCGAACUCGGUGUCGGCAGGAUGCGAUUUGACCGCACUGUUCCCUCGUUUCAUCAACAUCCGACGUGGCGGGUAUAUCGCUGCCACCGUUGGUCUCGCCAUGUGUCCAUGGAAUCUUCUGAAGAACAGUAAUGAGUUCACUUCUUACCUCUCCGCAUACUCCGUGUUCCUAAGCUCCAUUGCUGGGGUGAUGGUGACGGAAUAUUACGUUGUCCGCAAGGGUCACUAUAACGUAAAGGACCUUUAUAAGACUGGAGAUGGCAGCUGGUACUGGUAUACAUAUGGGGUCAACUUCCGAGCAUACGCCGCGUAUGUUGCCGGAAUCCUUAUCAACGUUGUCGGUUUCGCUGGAGCUACUGGGCGAACAGUCCCUCUAGCAGCUACCCGGAUAUACCAGCUAUCGUUUUUCACGGGCUUCGGAGUUUCUGCGGUUGUCUAUUGGGCGCUGAAUCGUGUUUUCCCGGUGAUCGGCGCUGCUGACACGUUCGAGGAAAUCGACGUGUCUGGAUAUGAACGUAAGACACUGGGAGGUGGUUCGCGGGAUGUUGAGGAAAUAGAUACAAUUACGAAGGACGGGGGCUCAGAUACUGGGAGCGAAAGAUAAGGUUCACCAAAUGCAACAAAUGGCGAGAUUCGGAUGAUGUCAUAGGUUUAGCACAGGGGUUACGACUUACUCUCAUCUACUCUACAACACAAAAGCACAGAAUGUCGUCUGGAGGUACACAAUCGCCACCUCUUGAAUUUACAGGCUCGCAUAUACCUAUGGGAGUUUCUUGCAUUGAUGGUAGCGUCUCGAAACCGAUGUUGGAUGCAGAGCAACGAAAGAGUGCGUAUCAUUCAGCA